AUGAAGCGAUCCAUCACGAAAGGGCCGAGACUUCUCGGACGUCGUAUCAAGCACUUCUUGAAGGAUGAUCUGUACAUCAACGUCAGUUACCAGGAGGCGCCGCCGAAGAUGGUGGCGCGGGAACUGACCGCGCUAGAGGUUCUCUCAGUGUAUCACCGCUGGCUGCGCGGGGUGCAGGCGCUGCUCUCCAUCGCCGUGUUCAUACUCUCGCUGCUGAGCAUUGGAAACUCGGCGUUUCUGGUGAACUGCACCAUUUUUAUCGUCUCCCAGGCAGCAGCCCUCGUCAUAUGCAAAACGUACCAGGUGAAAGCGCAGUUCUCCGGCGUGACAAACCUGCUGUUCGAGGGGCGCAACAUCUUCACCUCACCGUACUUCCUUCACAUGGUGGCCGAAAUCGUGCUGUGGAACAUCCAGACCCCGCCUUUUGUCUUCGUUGGCAAGCAGUUCUUCGAGCUGCUAAACUACUUCAUCUUUCUGCGCCUGUACUCCGUCAUCGUGUACCUGAACAACGCUAUGUACGUGCACCGAACCUUCUGCCGCGUCAUGUCCGCAAUCAGUGACCUGCCACUUUCCACUUCCUUUCUUAUUCGCACCGGGCUGCUCCACCACAAGACGCGCGUUGUGGUGACGGUGGUGAUAUGUGCGUGGCUGACGGUGGGCUGCCUGUUCGCACGCACCCAGAACCUCUCCCUCGGUGAUGCCCUCUGGUUUUCCUUUCAGUCUCUGUCGACGCUGGGGUACGGCGACAUCACCCCCUCCACGCUUUCGGGCCGCGCCGUUGCCUUCAUCGCCUGGAUUGUGAGCUACGUCAUCAUGGCCUUCCUGAUCAUCACUAUGUACUCGCUGCUGCAGGCGUCGGACCGUUCGCACAACAUGCAGACGUUAAUGGAAUGUCACGAACUCGCACACAGUCUGCGAGGCCGCUCUGCCCGCGUCAUCCAGCUGGCGUGGCGGUUGCACAAGGCUCGAAAGGUUGGGCCUCACGAGCCGUCCGUGAAGCAGAAGGUCUACACACUGGCUUUGUCGUGGCUUUUGACUCACAUGAUUGCCGCGGUGCGCCGCACACGGCAGCAGCUAAACGGCGCGGUGCGCUCGCUGAACGAGACGAACAUUCAUCCGCUUACAGGGCUGUCGGCGUACCAGUAUAAUGAAUACCUGCAACUCACAGAGAAGGCGGCGCGGCAGCUGCAGCGUGCAAAGGACGUGGAUCGCGUGUACCUCGCCCUCCGUGACCGUGACGUGCUAGCUUCAUCGCUAUCGCGGCGCGACAUCGAGUCCAUUAUUGUUCUUCCAGGCGACUCGCUAGAGCCCAUCGACACUGCGCUGCCUGCCGCCCUGACGAGCAGCAGCGGCACAGCGGCGUCAGUGGCAGAGAUGGCGGAAUGGAGGGACCGGGUGGCGCAUCUGGAACAGAAGUGCGCGCGUCUAGCAGAGGUGCUAGAGGCUAUCAGCGCUGUGGCCGCGACACAUCCCCCUAGCAUGGCUGUGUCCCAGAUGUGA